AUGGCUGGAGAGACGCGCCGACCUGCACACCGCGUCUGGCCGCGUAAAGUGGGCGAGCACGUGACACAAUUUCAGUACGUACACGCUAAAGAGGUACCUCUACCGAAGCUCCAGUGAGUGGAAAUCCCGACGUCAUGUUACUCUAAUCAGCGUCCAGGUAAAAAUAAUUUCAACUUCAGCAAGGUGGGCGCUUUCUCCAGCAAGGACAGCCCCAUUGCACGACCAUCAUGACAGUGUAAUCGUCGAUUACCAUAAAUUCGUUUUCUUUCUUCACACAGAUUCGCUCUUUUUCUGUAUGCAUCGCCCCAAACUUCUAGGCAAUGGCCUCAGCAGGCUUGCGCGGGCUGCACAGACCCGAAGUUAUGUGACCGAAGCCGACAUCGCCUCUGCCAGAAACUACUGCCUCAAACAAUUACAGUCCGUCUACCAGCUCCGAUUCCAAAUUUCCUUGUUUCUGUACAGCGUCUAACUCGUAUGGGUUUCCAGAACAAGCGACUAUGACGCCCACCUCAUCCGUCGAUUCGUCCCUCCCCCGGUUCAGGAUGCAUAUGCCGCGCUUCGGGCUCUCAACCUAGAGCUCGUGCGCCUCCCCGAAAUCGUCUCAAACCCCACAAUCGGAUUGAUGCGCAUGAAGUUCUGGCAGGAAUCUCUCGACAAAACCUUCGCUGGGCAACCCCCCCGUGAGCCCAUUUGUAUCCUCCUCGACAAAAGUCUCCAAGACCUCGAGAAGCGAGCAGGCAGCGCGACGAAGAAGAGUAUCAAAUAUUGGGUGUCGAGGCUAGUCAAGACUAGGGAAAAGCAUAUGGACAACCGUCCGUUUACCAGUCUAGCCAGUCUAGAGGACUACGGGGAGAAUACUUAUGCGACGUUGAUGUAUGCGACACUAGCCAUGAUGCCUCUGCGAUCGAUGCACGUGGAUCACCUAGCCAGUCAUGUUGGGAAAGCUUGCGGCAUUGUGGCAGUUCUGCGAGGCAUCCCGGUGUUAGCUGCUCCCGCGCAGCCAGUCAAGACGCCAUCCGGAUUCGAUGCGCCUACCACACACAAGCCCUCGUUGCUGCUGCCUUUGGAUGUCAUGGCAGAGGAGGGCGUAAAAGAGGAGGAAGUGUUCAGGCAAGGUCCCAAUGCCCCGGGGCUGCAAGAGGCAGUUUUCAAAGUUGCUACAAGAGCAAACGACCAUCUCAUCACGGCGCGAGAAAUGCUCAAGAGGCUACAGGCAGGACAGGAUCCAGGUCACGAAUUCGAGCAUCAAGGCGAAGGUGAGCAUGUAUACGAGGAAGGAGAUGAUGCGACUCUAGAAUUGCGUCGCGGUUUUGGGGUGCUGCUCGAGGGAAUUCCUGCCGGACAGUUUUUGGAAAAUUUAGAGAAGGCAAACUUCGAUCCAUUUGCAGUGAAGAGCAGUGGUUGGAGGCUUCCUUGGAGGAUUUGGCAAUCGAUAUCCAAACAACGGUUAUGAGUUAAUGAGGGCUGGGAUUGUACUUUAUAUAGGUACUUGUAAUAUCAUGUAAUAUAUUCACUAUAUACUGAAGUAAUCAUGGCCAGAGGACCUCGUGCGGUUGAUCCAAACGAUAUGUAGCACUAAAGAAUAGAUGCAACAACUGGAAAGCAGAACACACAGCUGUUGAAACAAGACAAUAUCGCAUGAACCAAUUAAAGGGGGAAGCUUCAUACCUAUGGUUGGUGGUGCAUGAUGAGAAAAGCCUAGGGUAGGCAGACUUGGUACUUUACUGCCUAUGUGGCCGACAUUUCCAUGCUGCACUCAGAUUGAAUAAGCAACUCGUCUUCCAUAGAGCUGCCUAUCGCGUAGUAUCUGAUGGGGCGUGGUUGCCCGAUUUCUCUACCCACUAUGCGCAGUACAACAGUUCCAUUCUAUUAAUGGUGCCACGUUCACAGAUCUCAACUGCCCAUUGGAAGGAUUUCGCGUUGAGCUGUCAGCCGCACCGUCACAAGGAUUUCGGAUCUUUGAAUAUCCACCUCAGCCUCUAUGGAGAGAACGCUUUGACAAGGCCAACAGAAAAGGGCGGUGCAAUACGGGAAGGCGCCUGGUUAGUAUGGCGAUCUGGAGAUGUAUGCUGUACGCAGCUAUUAUAUCAAAGCGGUUGGAUGUCUAGAGAGUUCAGAAAAGAAAAACAGUUCGAACAUCCUUCUCUAAUUGACCAUCCGAGUCCUCGAAACCAGUACCUCGCAGAAGUAUGAGCAGUUUCGAAGCACCGCCACCGUAUGCUCCAAAUCCGCUGGUAGAGCCGCAGACAUGUAUAACACAUCUUCGCCUUCUUUAUGCCUUCCGAGGCUUGGCACUGCGUAUUGGCUACCAGGACGGCCUGUUUGGUAUUGAAGAUGGCCGCAGUAAGAAAGUUGGCCUUAGUAGCGAGGAAACUGAAAGAGGAGAAUCCAAGUUGAGGGAGAAGCGAUGGGCUAUCUACCUGGCUCGUGCUGUUCAUCGCUACGAAACCUGGUGGAAGACUCUGGACGGGACUCCUCUCCAAGAAGUUGAUAUGGAAUUGGUCGACUGUGAGCGAUAUGACAGGUUUCCCGAGGUGGAUAUUCCAAUGAGAAUGGAAUGGCACGAACUUGUUCCGCUUGGUAUGCUAUGAGCUCUUCUGUUUGUCGUUCUGGAAGUCCGAAACUGACCACUGUCCUACACUCUCAAGAUGUCCUCCUGAUCUGGCAUACUCACAUCCUAAGUCCCAGAAACUACCUCGAGGAUGCCAUGCGUCGAGGUCUGCCGAAAUUAUGGGUUGGAGGCAUCCUCUGGGAUCUAAUCGACCUUUGCAUCUCCAGUGACCCAAAUUCCUUGUUUGAGUACCAGGCUCCCGAGGAAGCCAAGAACAACUGGACUUCACAAACAGGGCUAGAAUGGGACAACUUGGAUGACUCACCGUACAUCGAACUCGCAUGUCCAGUGUGCAAUGAAAUAACGCCAGUUCCUUGGACGACUUGCGAGCUGGUAGAGCAGCCUCUGGCUUCGAGCUCAAACGCCAAGACAGCCUCGUUAGCUAGCCAGCUGAAAAUUAUAGGAUACGGGUAUGGCGAUGGGGACUUCAAGCACAGAUGCCCCCAGUGCAACAUCAUGACCGAUGCAGACCUGCUCUGCGUCGCCAAGUUCGCCAGGGAUGCAGACAACUUGGUGGAGAAUGGAUGGCCCAUGCCCGGCACGCUGCUCUCGCUUGCGACGGGGAUGCCGGAAUCUAAUAAACAGAGUGGUGGCUCUCUCAAAUCAAGGUCGGCUCUUACAAGCCCGAAUCGACUUACUCGACAUGUUCUCGCCUCCCGAGUGAGUGGGAUGAUGAGGCAGUGGCGAGUGCGCGAGAAGAAACCAACGAUGGAGGACAUCCGCACGCUGAUAACUACUUUACUCGAAGAGCCUUCGACAUUGUCAGUGAUGGCCAACAACGAUUCGGAGGUGAGUAGCCAUAUAGAAGAUGUCUCAAAAAUAUGAGAUUUAUGCCGUGGUGCUAACAGAGGCUCUCCCCCAGUUGGUCCUUUCUCCAAGAGUUAGAGUCAUCACUCCAAGGGCCGCUGCGCACCUCCGAAAGGUGCUUGCCAACUAUUCGGACAACAACUGGUCCUCAUUUGGGCUUGACUUGCGCGCAGCCGUGAUCCGACAGGGCCUCUUCAUUGACAAGAUGUACAAGGUCAGUGAGCAAGUCCAAGCGCUUACACCAUGGAAGCCAGUAGCUAACACGGCAAGUUAUCAGUUCGACUGGCUCCAUAGCCCAGCUCUAAUGGAGACGAUGGAUCGAUCGGUCUUGAAGUACUCUCGCUUUCUUGAGAUUGCCAAGAAACAUCCGGAUAAAAUGGUCGUUCCUACUCUUGACCUUGACCUAGCUUGGCAUACACAUCAACUUAGCCCUCAAGACUACUACCGUACGACGACCAGGGAGCUUUCCAAGUUUCUGAAUCACGAUGACAAGAUCGAGGACAAUAAACUCUCAGCCUCCUUUGAGUGGAUGUGCGAGACAUAUUUCGAACUGUAUGGCGAGAUCUACUCAACUUGCAUCUGCUGGUAUUGUGAAGGUAUGUGUUCCCUACUUCAAUGGUAGAUUUUGAGCCUCUUUGAACGACAAACUAACCCUUUCUAGCUGUACGAGGAAGCCAGACAUCCAGUAUCAGUAUCAUGCUGGGAAAGUCAAAGAGACAGCAAGGUAUGUCAGCUCAUUGGUGCAUUAGGGAAGCCCUCCUAGUUGACAGUCACAACCAGCGCUCAAAGACCUGUACGCCCAGCAAGACCUCACAUCCUGCGACCCAGGCCCUCACAUAUCCGCCCACAACGCCGUCAAGGUCACCGUCGCCAAACCAUCCCUGCGCCACUGGAGCGCCACGCAGUUCCUCCAGAUGCACGCACAGCGCCGCGAGGCCGGGAAAAGCAGAGCUGCCAAAAUCGCCAAGAAGAACGGCAGGAAGUCCCCAAGCAAGGAGCAGUACUACGACCACUGGGGCUACCCAUUUAUGCUGCCGGGGCCUUGGGUCUGCCCGGUGUACGUGGACACGCAGAUGUAUCCGAGCAACAUACCUAUGCCCCCGUCAUCAGCGUCAAUCAAUGCCGACGGAAAUAUCGGAGGUUGCAUUGCAGGUUGCGGAAACGCAGAGCAGCUCGGAGGGGGUGGUCAGCCUGGACUUGAUAUAUCCGCCCUGUGUGACGUGUACACCGUCUCGACUGAUGGUGGGGAUGGUGGUGGUAAGUACAUGCCCCUACGAAAACUUGGAAUAAUGUGACAUGUCUGUAUGCUAACAGUUCUCUUCCUGUUAUAGGAGAUGGUGGUGGAUGUGGUGGCGGAUGCGGUGGUGGGGACUAA